AUGACCAAUCCAUAUGACGAGGCCGCUGCGGACCAGUUGCGGGACAGUCUCAAAGAAUCUGUGCGAAAUGCACACCAAACAAGGCGGCCGAUCUUGACCCAUCUCAACACCGACACCAGCUGGUUGUUGUCCGUGCCGUAUUUACACCGGGUUCCCGUGCCUGGCCAGAGGUCUCGAUACAACAUUUUGAUAGAUCCGUGGUUGCGAGGUCCGCAAGAAGACGUCGCUGGCUGGUUCUCCAAGCAAUGGCAUGCGGUGGAGAGCAAUGUGGGCUCAAUCUACGAGCUUGAAGAUCUCCUGCGAGCUGCUGAAGAUAUUGAGCAUCAGGGUAGUAGGGUAUCCGACAGUGCCAUCGAAUCAUCCUACAUUGAUGCAGUGGUGGUCUCUCACGAGUUCACAGACCACUGCCACAAGGCUACGCUUCAUGAAGUCCCUCCAAACGUUCCAGUCUUCGCCAGUGGGAAAGCAGCGCGACUGAUCCGUUCUUGGAACCAUUUUUCAAUAGUCGUUGAAAUGCCAACGUUCAGUCGCGGACAGGACUGGCGGACAACAAGUACUCCUCCACUGCCAGAUUCGCUAGGUAUCAGCAGGAUUGUGACCAAUUCCGAUGCUUUAUACUACCACUCCGCAGUACUCAUCUGCAUGAGUGACCCAGAAUCUACCGCCGGAGCUGCGGAGGCGGUCAUAUACACCCCCCACGGAUUAGCGACUACCGCCGUCAUUACCAUCACCACUGCAGACCCGCCCGUAGAUGCCCUAGCACUUCUUCAUGGGUUACACGACGUGUCCAUUGCCUGGGGCAUGCAACUUAACUUGGGUGCAGUCAACGCUAUCAAAGCACAACAGUUGCUCAAUGCGAAAUUCUGGAUUGGAACCCACGACGAAGACAAGAACAAGUCGGGAUUCAUUGCACCGUUGCUUCGUCGCAAGGCCUUGACGGUACCGGAGGCUUUCGCGCAAGUUCAAGCAUUCCAAAAUGCUGCAGGCGACAGCGAUCCUGCUCCAGCAGGUGCACCCGUAUAUGUAGAGUUGGGAAAUGGGGAGUCGCUUCUGUUGGCCUAA